AUGAAGACCGAGGAACAUAAGAUGAAGAAAGAAAGGUGGGAGAAGGAUAUGAUGCUUGAGCAUCGCAGGAUUGAGAUGGAGGAGCAGCGGCUGCAGUGGGAGCAGGAACAGGAAAUUAUGUUUUGUGAUGUGACCACCAUGGACGAUGAUCAAAGGGCAUAUGUGUUGGCCAAGAGAGCGAAGAUUGCGAAGGCGAUGAGUGCUAGUGUAGGCGAGACUGCUAGUGGUGAGAGUGGAGUGUAG